UUCUAAUGCAUUCUCACAUCUUUACAAAAAAUCCCCCCUUCCGCCACACGCCGUUGAUGUGCGCGUUUUGUCGACUUACAAAUCGUUAUUUCUGCACGUUUGACUUCUCCAGUGAGGAGAUGCACGAUAGAUGCGGCGUUUUGCAUGCUCAAAUUUGCAUCUUUUAUUACCAGGAGUCAGCGGAGACAGUAAAAAUGGAAGCGUCGGGAUUUUUUUUCAUUCCAGACGAUGCAUCAGCCUCCCGCUCUGCUUUCAACAGGAGGCAGUCUGUCUGUGUGAGGGCUCUGUCGCCUGGAUGGGAAAGGCUCCAUGUUCCGUGCAUUUGUGCUGGUGUUUGGCUGCCUGCUGCAGAGGAAACUAGUGACCACAGAGGGGCAUCAUGGGACCAAUUGCCAUGUCUUCUAUGCAGUGCAAAUGGAUGGUGGCACCAGAGCAGCCAGAGCUCUGGCCAAGCAGCAUGGACUGGAGUUCAUACAACGGGUUGGCAGCCUGGAGGGUCUGUACACCCUGAGAGACAGCAGGGGGCGUCCUGACAGAGGCACCUUUGAGGACAGACUAGCAACUGCAGGAGGGGUACACUGGGUGCAGAGGCAGCACAGCCAUUACAGAAGCAAACGUGUUCCUCUGACCACACUGGAUCACAGUCCUGCUACCAGUUCCCAGAGGACGGAGUCUGCAUCUGACAGGCAGCCUGAGGAGAAUAAGAGUGACCAGUCCCUCACCUUCAAUGACCCACUCUGGCCCAUGCAGUGGGAGCUGUUUGCACAAGGUGAAUACAACUCCAGUGGGUUUGACCUGAAUGUGAUGCCGGUUUGGAGGAACAAUAUUACUGGUGAUGGAGUUGUGGUCAGCAUCAUUGAUGAUGGUGUCGAUCACACAAACAAGGACCUGAAGAAGAACUUUGAGGUCCUCGCCAGUUUUGACCUGCGUGCGUCACACGGUCUGUCUCAUGAUCCCAUGCCUGCCAGAAAUUAUGAGAACAGUCACGGCACCCAUUGUGCAGGGGAAGUUGCCAUGGAGGCCAACAACUCCUACUGCGGUGUGGGCAUUGCCUUCAAUGCCAGGAUCGGAGGUAUCCGCUUGUUGGAUGGCUCUGUCACUGAUGCCAUGGAGGCCACGGCUCUGACCUUCAACAGCCACUUCAUCGACAUCUACGUCUGCAGUUGGGGCCCGAGGGACGACGGGGCCGAGAUGGACGGGCCGCACAGCCUGACAGAGCGAGCCCUCCGGCUAGGAACUCACAAGGGCCGGAGUGGGAAGGGCAGCGUCUUUGUGUGGGCGGCAGGUAAUGGUGGAAUGCAGCACGACCACUGCGGUGCAGACGGUUAUGUUAACUCCAUCUACAACGUUGCCAUCGGCGCCGUCACUCAAACGGGGAAGCCCACCUACUUCAGUGAGCCCUGUCCCGGAGUGAUGGCCGUCACUCUGACAGGGUCCAGCGUAGGAGGCCCGCUACCUUUGGUGACUCUGACCAACAUGGGUGACGGGUGUAUCACACACUUUCCAGGAACAUCCAGUGCUGCUCCCAUCGCUGCAGGGAUUCUGGCUCUGGCCUUAGAAGUAAAUCCUGAGCUGACGUGGAGGGAUGUUCAGCAUCUGAUCGCCAACACGGCAAAGAUACCCGACGCUGAAGAGCCUGGAUGGAGCAUCAACGCAGCAGGAUACCAUGUUCACCACAGGUAUGGCUUUGGAUUGUUGGAUGCAGGGCUGAUGGUGCAGCAGGCUGCUCGCUUCCACACUGCUGCUGCUCAGAGGAAAUGCACACAAGCAGUCACACUUCCCACCAGAAUCAUUUCUCCAGGAGCCGGAGUCAGCGUGAACAUCCAAUCAGAGGCCUGCCAUGGGAAGGCUAACGAGAUCAACACUCUGGAGCACGUCCAGGUGAGGGUGGGUAUCAGUGCUGUGUGUCGUGGUGACCUCUCCAUAAGCCUGAAGUCUCCAGGUGGCACCGUGUCACUGCUGUUGGAUACACGCCCCAAUGACGCCUCCACCACUGGCCUGAAGAACUGGACCCUGAUGACGGUGCACUGCUGGGGGGAGCAGCCGCAAGGAAUCUGGACCCUCCAGGUGACUGACCACAAAGGCACAGUGAGGAGCUGUACGAGGCCAAGUGAAGAGGAGGCAGCAGGAGCGUUGCUCAGUGUUACACUCAUCCUCUAUGGCACCUACCACCCACACAGGUCCACACAUGAGGGACCCCUGCAGAGCAUUGUGUACAUGGGUUCCCAGCACCCUGUUCCUCACAGAGUGUUGUACCAGAGGGACCGUUAUCCCCCUCUGGACCUGAUUCAGUGGAUCUACCAAAUGGAGAGAGACAGGAAAGUGAGAGCUGCUGAUAUCACCGUUCCAGCCAGACACAAGGUAAGGAAAACUUCUGGAAACAUGAUGGCUCAACUGAGCCUCAACAAGCCUCUGACAUCCAGAGUUGCCUACAAGUUACAUCAGGCAGGUGUUGCACAGAAGUCGUCCCUGAGAUCUAGACCUGCAGCUGAGAUGGAGCUUCAUGAAACCAAGACUGGUGGGAAUGAUGUGGACGGACGGAGCAGGUCCUUACCAUCGCAGGUCGUCCAAGACGUCGCCAUGGCGCAGGUGCAACAGUCAGCCUCCUCAGAUGCAAAAGAUGAAGGAACUGUGCUCAGACAGGCAGGGGAGGGAACUGAAGACACAAACAUGAACCAUGGUUAAAUAAAGACUGUUAUUUUCCACAGUGCAGCAAACCAAUUGAUCAUGAAUCAAUUCCCCGUACUGUAUUUCCACUGUGUAGCCUCAGUGUGAGCAGAGAUUAUUUAUUGUGGAUUCUUAACUUGGCUUUAAAGCUCCAUCCCUCUCCCACCCACAGAAACACACACAAACACAAAUCCUUCCCCAAAAAACAAACAGUUUCAGGAGCAGGUCUCAGUGCUCAUCUCCCCCUCCUCGUUUGCCUUCGCAAGUUGCAAAGGUUAGUGAAAGAUAUGUUUGUCUUUUUCCACUUCAAUGAAGGGUGAAUUCAGCUCAGUGCAAUAAGAAACGGAUUACUCAUUCAUUAAAGGGGCUGCGUCACUCCUCAUUGAGUUGGACAAAUAACAAAUUAAUUCCUAGCCGCCUAAUUUCUCUCUGUUCUCCACUGAAUUUCCGAUAACGUCGAAUUACUGAUCACAGCCAUGUGAGCUCCCUCAACUUUUUAUCAAUUCAUUAAAAAUGUGCCACAGCGGAGAUGCUACUGAGGAAAUGCUCUCCCUUUUUUCUGCAUGCUUCCUUUAGCAGCACAACGCUGUAUACAAACAGAGAGCAAGUCGAGUGUUUCGCUGAAAUUAGGAAAUUAAAAAACACCAGGAACCGUUACGGGAAAAGUUGCUUUGUUGCCGUUUUGGAAUCAGCCUGAAACUUUUUAGCAGAUCAUCCUAAUAUGAAGCAAAGAUGUCAGUAAUAGGAGCUCUUUUUGAGUCAAGUGCAGGUCUGUUGAUAGCGGUGUUUUGUAAAGUAGCAGUAGUGUAUUGACAGGGCAGUAUUGAUGUUUCAAUUAGAGCAGCGUUACAUAGUGCUGCAGCAUGGUAACACGGUGCGUCUCCUGCCAUCUGCUCUGCCUCCACGUCUGACGAACGAGGCACGUGGGGCUAAUCGAGCCGCACAUGAGCGAUGGGACCGCGAGAUCUAUCACACGCACACACACUUAUCCUAUGCGCACGUCCUUAUGCAGAAAAAUGGGGGGAAGGACGAUGGAGAGCUCCUCAGCCCUGCUGUUUAAACAGCCUUCAGAAAGCCUGUGAUUCCUCCCCUUCUCCCUUCACAUGUGCCACAGGAGCAGCCAGCAGGUUAUUUUUCUGACAAGGAAACGGGCAAAAGCACCAGAUGCACGAGUUAGAAUUCUUCAAAAGCUCAUCUGAUGGAAAGACAAAAAAGGGAACUGCUUCUGCCAGGUUUUCUCGUGCUGGGACGGUCUGAAAUAACAGUGUGCAGUAUGCCUGGCGUUAUUGCCUGCCAAACCACACGAAUCAAAGACCUCAUUGUGUGGAUUACCUCGUUAAUCUGUUGAUGCCAUUGAGUAGUAUUGCAGGUGUUAAUGUGCCAGUUUUUUUCCCUCUCUCUCUUCUCUUAUUGGGGAGGUGUAGCGUUAGGUUUGUAAUCUGCUUUAAAUGCUUUCUGGGGAAUGAGACGCACUGAAACCCAGCCAAGAGAGCUCUGCUAUGAUGAAGAGCUUUCUCUUAAUACAGCACACAGAGAGGACUGACUGACUGAGGCUGCUGAUGCCAACGGGGACGAGCUAGCGAGCUACACGCCCCACGCCACUUGUUGAAAUAUAUGACUGCAUGAAUAAUGAAAGAGGAAGAGGGAAGUGAUAUUGCUAAAGCAGUCCCACAAUGACAUCCAUCACAGAAACGCCUCAUUGCUCUUCUUCUUCUUCUGUUUCCUCCUGCAAAAACUCCAACUUGUGUCUCUUUGGUGGAGCUAACCAGAGCUGUGGCUGCCUGAGCUGAUAGACUUUAGAGGUGAACUCUUAAACCAGAAAGAGAGAGAUAAAGAGGCAGAAAGAGAGAAAGACAGAGGGAAAGGGACAGAAAGAGAGGUAAUCCUUGCUUUUUUCUGCUCCCCGGGGUGGUCUCUUCAUCCAGGGCCUCAAAGAGGGACAGAAUACACCUCCCUGCUACAAUGGAGGGGACCCACAGGGGCUGCUGCUAUCUGUGUGUGUGUGUGUGUGUGUGUGUGUGUGUGUGUGUGUGUGUGUGUGUGUGUGUGUGUGUGUGUGUGUGUGUGUGUGUGUGUGUGUGUGUGUGUGUGUGUGUGUGUGUGUGUGUGUGUGUGGUGGGGGUGCAGCUUUAAGCAGGCCUUUGAGUGGCCUAAUUGCAUUGGAAUACAGCAGUCUGAGAGCUGGCUCAGAUCACGGCGGGCUGCUGGAGGGGUUAGCGCCCGCACCUCGACAGCCACACUCAGCAAAAGAGCCCCGGCACAAAGCACACAAUUAAUGCUCUCCCUCUCGUUAACUCUCUCCCCACUUUUUGUCCUCUCCUACUUUUCUCUCAUUCUCCUCCUUCUCACCCCCAUAUCUUAGCCUCUCUCCUCUCUCCCCCUCUCUCGUUCCUCCCUCCCUCCCUCCCUCCCUGCAGACCGGCUCAGUAUGUCGUCACUCACCCACUGUAUUAAUCCUCCCAUACAGCCUGUCAAUCUCUCUGUCUUUGAUGCACACAACAAUUACAGUAAGGAUGAAAGGCGUGGGUCGGCUCCCGUUAUGUAAGCCUUCGCAGGAAUUAUUGAUAUCUGAACAGCUAAUCUGAAAUAAAAACUCCUUAUUACUUUGCAAGAAAACAAUCCGUGCUGCUGCAUAUAGUCCAGAGUCUACAGUCCAUCUUAAAGUCUCAGGAUGUCUAUUGUUUUGAAGGCCGUAAUUAAAAAUACACAUUCAUAUACAUCGGUUAUAUUUGUACAUAUGUAUUCUUCUGAUCUUUGAGUUUGUGUGGCUCUAAUAAAAGCCAGACAAAAGGAAACAAAUAUGCAUUUAGUCCAGAUUGUUCCCUGAAGAUGACGCUUUGGUUACACAAUAAUAUUCCACCGGGGACUAUUUGCAUCUUAGUGGCACUAAACAUUUGACCAUUUUAUCUUAUGUAGAGACAGUUCUAGCUUCCAAACUCUUAACCUCUGAACAACUAGCGGAUUAUUUGAAUGGAUGAUUGCUUGAUUGAUUGUUCAUUUAGGUGAUUAAAGCAAUAACAACAAUAAACAUUGUCUCUUCGUAGCCUCCCAGGUAUGAAUAUUUGCUCUUUUGUCUUCGUCUUUUUUUAGAAAAAUUCAAAGAUUCUCUGCAGAAAUGUUCAGUUCAUUGCUUUGAACAAAAUGUGUUACGUUUUCCACUCAAAAAGUUCAGUUAAAGUUCCAUCUACACUUUCUUCACCUCGUAAAAAAAGAAAAAUCUGUCACUUUGCAACAUUUUUUGCUUCAAAAGUUAACCUACUAGACACUAAAAGCUCUUUAGAUCACUGAAAAGUCCAUUCACUGGAAGGUUCAAGUUUUUACAUCACACUUGUGUAAAACUGACUGCAGGACGGCAAUGGGCUUCAGGAUCAGUUGUGAUGACACAAAAUCUGCCUUUAUCAUAAAGUGGGGAACUGAGAUUUAAGAUGAGCGCUGAGAAGCUUUCCCUCUCCAGCAGAAAAAUGUAAAAACACAACUCUCGUGCCAAAUCCCACAUAUAUAUCAUCGUGCAAGCCAAGAAACAGUAAACACCACACAUCUUUAAGCAGAGCGGGACUGUACAUGUAGAUACAGUUAGAACAUUCUGGUUAGCUGCAGCUCUACAUAAAGUGGUGGUUUUGGUGUAAUGUCCUUCUAAACAUCAUUCCAAAUUACUGUCAGAAGGUUAAAGAUGCCAGGUCAGUGUGUGUUCCCUCUGCAGCAGACAGCAGACAGUUCAUUACAUACGUUAACGUCAUUAUUCUGUCCUCCAGCUUGGACCCAACUGUCCUCGUCUUUAAAUAGGACUCAGUGGACAGAGCAGUGGAACAAUCAGUGAUUUUAAAAACAUAUCAUAUUUAACCAGCCCCUCCUUUGAUUUCCUUUAUUACAUGAGCCAUGUCUUAAUAAAAUCUAAUUAUUUCCGCUCACAGGACGCUUUCUGGUGAGAAAUUGGCAGAGGGAUGUGAGCUGAUGUAUGGGGAGACAGUCGCCUAAUUAGAGCGUUAGAAAUUGAAUCUUUACAGCACACGGGUCAUAUAAUUAUCCUACUGUUAAUUUAACGCUUACAUUCUCUACUGUUCAUUUUUAUUCCCUUAAAUGUAGUUUGGCAGCGGCCCUCGCUGCUCAGCACCGGGUUUUAGUGUAGGAGAGGAGGCGGCGUGGCCCCUAACGCUGCCCCCUCUGAGUGAUUGAAUAACUGCGGACCCUGCAGUCCAAAUAACAAGGCUCGCAUCAUUUAUGCAUUGUUAAGCCAUGUAAUUGAAACGAGCCAUAGUUUGCAUAUUACACCAUUAAAAUAAUGUGCUUUGCGUUUCUCCCAACACGACUAUUUAAGCCUGUGUGGCGAUGUGGUAAUUCCUUGAAUUACAGCCUAAUUACCACAAUGUUCUUUUGAUUUGGCCGAUUUCAAUGUUACGCCACAAUAAUGUUCAAUAUUACCAGAAUGAAUUACUGAGCCGUGCCUGGAAACUUUUCCUGCUAUGACUUGAAUCCUGGCGGCUUCAUGUGCUCUAAGUGCAGCUGGAUUCACAUCUAUAAAGGAUUAUUAGUCUAUGAAAUGAGAUCCAUUAAAGGCCCAAUCACUAACACUUAAUUGAAGAGCUUGAAUUAUACAUGAAAUAUGAGCAUUUUGUGCGUUUCUGCCUCCAUCAUCAUCGCCGGCUUUACGUUGCUGUGUACGAGUGAUAUUCACAGUUGUUGUUGUUGUUGUGUACUGUUUAUCCAUGCAGUAAAAUGCUUGUCUUUAAGUGAUAGCAGUUUCUCUCCUAUAUUUGAACAUAUUCUACAUUUUGGCUUCACAUUUGUGCCUUUAAAGGAUAACUACAGCAAACUAUGCAUUAAAUACACAAUGUAUAGCCUCACAUUACUGUGAAGAUGAUUGCCUGUUUAUUUUUGAUUCUGUUUUUGCAGCUUCAAAGAUUAAAAAAUACUAAUUUUGACCACUAAAGCAAUAUCGAAGCAAAAAGUAAAACUUGUGCCACAACUUAAAAUCAGCACAUGAAUUGAAAAUCCCAACCAGGUUAGAACAGACAUUUUGCAUUUAGCCCUUGCCCUUGGUUCCACGCCCCUGCGUUGUUCACAGACCUUACUCUAUGCACAUGACAUGUGUCCUUGUGUGAACUUUUUGAAUAAAUUUACGUUGCCAAGAAUGAUUUGUGAGUGUGAAUAUUCACCGCGCAGACUUUUGUGUUUCACUGCACAGUUUGAAUAUUUUCGAGUGAAAAUAUUUCUUUGAUAAUUGCUUUUUAUAUUGCCUUUUAAUUUUACUGCAGGUCCAAGUUAUUAAAUAAAAUGUUUAAUUACAGUUUCA